CCCUUGCUCCAAACCGGAUAUCACUGCAAAGCCGGGGUCAGAAUUUCUCUUUCACAGCCAUCUUGGAUAUAACGCCCCAAGUCGCAACCAUGCCCGGCGAAGCCACAGAAACGGUCCCUGUUACAGAGCAGGAGAUGCAGCAGCCUCAAGUGGAAACUGCUGCAGUACUGAAUUCUCCUACUCCUCCUGAUACAACCGAUCCUAUAAUGAGCAAGACGACCCCUAUGGAAAACACUUCAGAAACUUCUGUUCCUCCUCAAGAAAUGGGAUUCCCAGAAGAAUCUAGCAUUCAGGCUACUGCUGAUCAAUCAAAUGGUGAAGCAGCAGUCCAAGAAAUAACCAAGCAGUUAGAAGAGAUGACACCUGUUUCACAGAAAGAGGUGACUGCUGAGCUAGCAGUUGCUCCAGCUGAUGUACCCAUUCCUGAACAGUCUGUGCCCUCUGCUGAAGCUCCAAUGUUGUCCUCUGAAGAGUCUCCUGCUGAAGUAGCAGCUCCUGCUGAAGUAGCAGCUCCAGCUGAAGAAGCACAAAGUCAAGAGUCAAUUGUUGCUGCUGCUGCAGAGUUGGUCUUCCAAGUAGUUAAGCAGGCUUCUUAUGAAGCAAAUGCCCCUGGAGAUGAGCCAGAAGCUAUACCAGAAAAAAUCCUAGAUGGAAAAACACCAUCUGCUUCUGAAGGCGUCACUGUAAACACUGAAGAUGUGAUGGCAACUGAUUCUCCAAUGUUGGAGGUAGAAGAUCAGAAGAAUUUGGAAACGGCUCAAGAUCAAGUGUUGCCUGCUGAUAUGACCAUUGACACAGCUAUUCAAAACGAAAAGCCCAACAAAGAAGAACCUGUUAUACUUCUUUCAAAAGCCAUUCAGUCAAAGGUGACCUCCAGAUCUGAUGGCCCCACUCACCACCUGUCAGGAUCCGGCACUGAGUCAGACAGCGAUGACUCAGUCCCUGAGCUGGAGGAACAGGACUCUGCACAGACACAAACACAGCAAGCUCAGCUUGCAGCAGCUGCAGAAAUAGAUGAGGAACCUGUCAGCAAAGCCAAACAGAGCCGCAGUGAAAAGAAGGCACGGAAGGCUAUGUCAAAGCUAGGUCUCAGGCAGGUAACGGGGGUCACCAGGGUCACCAUUCGCAAGUCAAAGAACAUCUUGUUCGUCAUUACCAAACCAGACGUCUACAAGAGCCCUGCGUCAGACACAUACAUCGUCUUCGGUGAAGCUAAGAUCGAAGAUCUUUCCCAGCAAGCCCAACUUGCAGCUGCAGAAAAAUUCAAGGUACAGGGGGAAGCUGUAUCAAAUAUCCAGGAAAACACACAGACGCCAACAGUACAGGAGGAAAGCGAAGAAGAAGAGGUUGAUGAGACCGGAGUUGAGGUCAAGGACAUUGAACUCGUUAUGUCCCAAGCAAAUGUGUCGCGGGCGAAGGCUGUACGCGCUCUGAAAAAUAACAACAACGACAUUGUCAAUGCUAUUAUGGAGUUGACAAUGUAAGGGGGCCCUGGCAAGACGGGUUGAAGAAAGGUUGCUGAUUUAAGCUCAUUUAUACAAUUUAUACCCAAGAUGGAAAUAAAGUUGUGGCUUGAUGAAAUGAA